AUGGCCGCGUCCCUCACUGCGCCGCAUACGGACUUGGACCACAAGCACUCCCCGUACGAGAUCAACUUCUGGAUUCCGCUCACGCUGGCCGAGGGCAGCGCGACACUGUGGGCCGAAACUGAGCCCGGACGUGGAGACUACCAUCCGUUCUGUGCCGGCUACGGCCAGGCUGUGCGGUUCUAUGGCAACCAGUGCCUCCACUUUACCAGGGACAACGACACGUCCACCUCGCGAGUGUCCUUCGACUUUCGGGUGGUGCGCCUAGGUGACUUCGCACAAUCGGGCAUCCCAGACGUCGGCGACGAGAGCGACGCCUUCUGGCGGCUCUUCUCCUUCUACGACGUCAUGGGCCCCGACGGGCUCGUGGGCCCCGCGGCCUGGGCGGAGGUCGCUGCAGAGGCGAGAAGGGCGAGGACCUGCCUGGGGGGCGCCGCCGACCGCUGCCCGCCUGGCGUGCCUCAUGCGGCUGCCGCCGCCGCGCCCGCCCGGUCGCGCUCCCCGGAGCACGAGCGCCGCUGCCUGGCGGCGUGGGGCUCGGAGCGCCUCGCGAAGCAGAACUGCGCCCGCUGCGGCUGGAUCGCGCACCGCGCCAAGCUGCGCCGGGCGCUGGUCUACGACGACGGGGGCGGGAAAGUGCUGCCGUGGGUGGCCGAGAACCCGGACAGGUCCAGGAGCCAUUUCGACUCUGCGAUUCGAAUCGGUUUUGAGGAUUCCAACUCUGGCUUUAUGCCUCGGCUUGGGCUGGCGGACGUCGACUCCGAUGGCUUCCGAUCUGCUUGCCGAUCUCUGCCGACUCGAUGUGCUUCGAUGGCCGAUCCGAUUCCCUGA